CCCCCGCCCCCCCUCUCUCUCUGUGUCUAACUUCAUUUUUAGUCUUGAAGAGUAGUUUAUUUAUUCAGAAACAUGCUACCGUACCAUUCAAGGCCAAUGAUCAUGAUGGAGAGAACACGAAAGUCCAACAUUGAGCAAGCACCAAAUUGUCCUAGGUGUGCCUCUACCAACACAAAAUUUUGUUACUACAACAACUAUAGCUUGUCACAACCUCGGUAUUUUUGCAAAGCUUGCCGAAGAUACUGGACUAAGGGUGGUUCUCUUAGAAAUGUCCCCGUUGGUGGCGGUUGCCGGAAAAGCCGACGUUCAAGAUCUUCACGAAAAGACGAUAAUACCCUUCAAUCCCCUAGCCCCGCCUUCGAAACUCCCGGAGCUAACAUUGAUCUAGCCGAUGUUUUUGCGAAGUACUUGAACCAAGGUACAGCCAAUGAUCAUGAUGAUGAUGAUCAAGAUAAUAAUAUUAUUCUUCAAGAAUCUCAAGAUUAUUCUUCUAUUGGAGCAAGCUUAUCGGAAUCUCCUUCAUCAGAUAGCUUGGUUAAUAAUCCCACUUCUUUUGAGAAUGAGAGUCUAUUUGAUGAGACCAUUAUGGCCAGUUUUCAAGAUUAUCCUUGUGGUAAUUUCCUUCAAGAGGAGCAAGGGGGUCCAAUUGAUCAAGUAGGUAACCAAGAUUUUCUUGAUUUUAACACAAGCUUUCUUGAAAUGCAAGCCAUGCUUGGGGAUGAAAUAAUAGGGCAAGGGGAGGAAUUUGAUCAUUAUAACACAAGUAAUUUUUCUUGGCAAUCAAUGAUGCAGUUUCAAGAUUUUGGAUCAAUUUUAGAACUAGAUGAUCAGCUCAAGAAUUCAACAUCAAACUUAGCCAGUGACAAUAACAACUAUAGCUCAUUUGAUCUAUCUAACUAACUAUGAUAUUUUAAGGUGUAAGGGUCAUCUUCUUUCUCUUGAUUUUAUUUUUUCUUUUGGUUUGGUGGGGGGAGGUUCUACACUUAUUCUUACUUAAAAAUGUCAGUUAACUGUCAGUGUUAUUUGAAAAAGACAUUUGUGAGAAAUACAAGAUGAAUAUUAAUAAGAAUAUACACAAAAUGAAAAGAAAAAAACUGUAUUAUAUGCACAUU